GGGAUGUAUACGGAAAUGUCAUCAUGUAAUGUUUUGUGUAGUGUUUGCUGGGUAAACUAAGCUGCUAGAGGAGGUUACAACCCCUGAGCACACACGUGUUUCCGUUUCUACCUGUAGUACAUGGUGUCGUACUGUCGGGAAGCCUUAAACUCUGAGAGUGAUGUUCUUCUCUGGAGGAGUCUUUGUUGAUGCCGAGGCGCCUUAGCAGAAUACAGUAUGAGUGGUCAAAGUGCUGCUCCUGCAGCCUCGAAUGGCAUUACUCCACUCCAACAGAUGGUGGCGUCCUGCUCCGGAGCGAUCCUCACGUCUUUGUUUGUUACGCCUUUGGAUGUUGUGAAGAUCAGACUGCAAGCACAGAAAAAUCCCUUUCCCAAAGGGAAAUGCUUUGUCUACUGCAAUGGACUUAUGGAUCACAUAUGCGUGUGUGAAAACGGCAACUCCAAGGCCUGGUACAAAGCCCCCGGUCACUUCAAUGGCACACUGGACGCCUUCAUCAAGAUAGUACGCCAUGAAGGAAUAAAGGCAUUAUGGAGCGGCCUACCUCCAACCCUUGUGAUGGCGGUGCCUGCUACAGUAAUCUACUUUACGUGCUACGACCAGCUGUGUGCAGCGCUGCGGGUCAGGAUGGGAGACUACGCUCAGGAGGCUCCUCUUCUGGCAGGGGCGGUCGCUCGAGUGGGUUCAGCGACAGUGAUCAGCCCUCUGGAGCUGAUCCGCACGAAGCUGCAGUCUCAGAAGCAGUCAUACAGGGAGUUGACUGACUGCAUCCGCUCUGCAGUGCAGUCAGAAGGCUGGCUGUCUCUGUGGAGAGGUUUGGGGCCCACACUCUUCCGAGACGUGCCCUUUUCCGCCAUGUACUGGUACAACUACGAGAAGGGCAAGAGCUGGCUGUGUGAACGAUAUAACACCAGAGAGCCCACAUUUACAAUUACCUUCAUAUCUGGAGCGGUGUCUGGCUCUAUCGCAUCCAUUGUAACGUUACCUUUUGAUGUCGUUAAGACUAGAAGGCAGUUGGAGCUGGGAGAGCUACAAGCAAAGAACUUGUCCUGCCAGGUCUCCUCCUCCACCUUCAGCGUGAUGAGCAGGAUUGUGGCGCAGGGCGGCUUUAGUGGCCUGUUUGCAGGUUUCCUCCCAAGGUUGAUCAAAGUGGCCCCGGCCUGCGCCGUUAUGAUCAGCACUUAUGAAUUUGGCAAAGCCUUUUUCCGCAAACACAACCAGGAGAGGAUACUCGGGCCACUGCAGACCAGUACCACCUAAUAGUCAGGAGCCCUUUCUCUCCAAACACAAGUACUGCUACACUAAACCUGGAGGGCAGAGGGUAAUGUUGCCCAAUUAAAUGCACAAGCCGAGAUUGAAGUGAAAAAAAAUUAACUACUUGUAUCUAUUUCUAUCAGAUUUCUAUGAAAUUAUUUAUAUUAGUAUUUAUAAUUUAAGAUUGUUUCUUUACUGCUACAAAUUCAGUGAACAUACAACUGAAACGAAAUAAUGUUCAAACCACAUGUUUUCUGAUGCAUUUAACAGCCAACAGAUGGCAGCUACGGUUUUGGUAAUAAGUGAUUAUUCAGGUCCCAACUGUGUCUGUCUCUAUGGAAUCAUGUACAUUAGAGAUGUAAAAUUAAUGUCAUCAAGUCAGUGUAUCCUUCCCCAACACCGAUAGAGGAUCUCCAUGUUUUUGAACUUCCAUGCAAAUCCAUUGAAGAGGACUGACACGUAACCUUUUGAAAAUGUGACGUAUUCAAUAUGCAUACCUGGUCUUCUUUGGAAAUUAUUUGUAUUCAUUGACUUUAUAGAAGCAUUCUCACAACACUCAAAAGAAACUCAAAUGUCACUAUCAAAUUGUCACUGUUUGGGUUAAGCGCAUUUUAUUCAAAAUGUCGGAUAAAAAGGCAAACAAAUCCAAUAAAACACCUGCUGCAUAUCUGUGCAAAGUUAUGAUUCAGUGUUGAGGUACACGGCUAGUCACCAAUAAUAAUAAACAUUUUACUGAUAUUA